AAUCAUUCGUACAUCGAUUGUCAUCGUAAUCAUCGAUGAUCAAUAUCGUAGAUUUUAUAUAAUCGAAUAAUGAAUAAUCGAAAGGAAAGAACGAAUGAUUACGAUUGUAACGUGUCUUUUCCAUCUUCAGCGCGACAAUCAACGUGUGAAAUUCAUCGAUGAAAAGUUUGUUGACUUUCUUCGCGAUUAGAUAAGCUGGAUCCUGCUAGAAGAAAGCCGAACAACAUUAGCAAUGUUAUUCGCGGUACGACGAGCAAAGUCGGCUCUUUAUUGUCAUAUGAAACAAAUAACACCGAAGCGACGCGACGGUGGCAAUUGGAGCAUUUAACUUCUAAUGGGUUAUCAUCUCGUGCCCCUACCUCCCAGUGACUUUCUGACUGUCUCAAUCAACACGAGGAUUGGAGGGAGAGCGAGUAAACGUCCAAAACGAUUGGACGGUUCGUUAGUGGUCGGAUUUUUUUCAACGAGGCCGAGUUUCCGUAUAAAACAGCAGCAACUCGACUCACAGCAACCACUAGUUUCUUUAUACGAGCGAUACACGGAACCUUGUACGAGUUCAUUCAUCGAUUUCAUAUUUUUUCUUUUUCUUCUAAUUUGUCUUUUCGAAAGUGUUAAUUGAAACCUGACGAUUUUGUUGGUACACAGAGAAAAGAAUGCCUUUCGCGGAUUACGACGGUGUCAAUGGACACAAUCAUUACCAACCAGUGAAACGGCCCGCGGAUAACGAGUUCUAUCACACCACCGUCAGGCAUGUGCAGCAAAGCUCAUACUCCUUCGAGGCUUUGCAAGAAUCUGCAAAAUACCUUCUGGAUCGUAUCAAGAUAAGGCCAAAGAUUGGAAUAAUAUGCGGUUCCGGGAUGGGAUCAAAUGAGCAAAACGAGUUGUGUCCAGGUUCACUGGCGGAAUCCCUCGAGGACCAGCUGUGCUUUCCUUACGCCGAAAUCCCACAUUUUCCUGUCUCCACCGUCAAGGGUCACACGGGUCAGAUGGUGUUCGGUUAUCUAAAAGGUGUGCCAGUCAUGUGUAUGCAGGGCAGGUUUCAUUAUUACGAGGGUUAUCCACUGUGGAAGUGCUCAAUGCCGGUCAGAGUUAUGAAGCUGGUUGGAGUGACACAUCUGAUUGCGACAAAUGCAGCCGGCGGACUAAAUCCCAGGUACAAAGUUGGCGACAUCAUGAUGGUGAAGGAUCACGUGAACAUGAUGGGUUUUGCGGGGAAUAACCCUCUUCAAGGACCGAACGACGACAGAUUUGGACCGAGGUUUCCGCCAAUGAACAAAGCUUAUAGUAUCAGACUGUUAGAAAUAGGUCAAGAAGUGGCCGAUGAGAUGGGAAUCAGCGACAUCGUGCACAAAGGGGUGUACACGUGCCUUGGGGGGCCGAAUUUCGAGACAGUGGCGGAAUUAAAAAUGUUGAGGAUGGUCGGGGUCGAUGCAGUAGGGAUGUCUACUGUUCACGAGGUAAUCACUGCCAGACAUUGCGAUCUAACUGUUUUCGCGUUUAGUUUAAUCACGAAUCAGUGUGUUACGGAUUACGAUAACCACGAUGAAGCGAAUCACGAGGAAGUGAUGGACGUGGGGAAAGCGAGGCAACCGAUGCUACAGGAAUACGUGUCGCGUAUGGUGCUACGCCUGCAUGGAGGGUAUGCUACAAUUAAAGACGAAACGAUUCCAGUAAAUUGUACCUCUACCGAGCGUUCCUGAAAUUAUUCGUAUCGCGCUUGUCUCUUGCGACCAAUGGAACAACGUUGAAGGACAAUGACAAGACGAUUCGUAUAUUCACGAACAACGACACCUGCAAUGUACGUUGUAUCAAAACCUAAACGCUUCAGCCGAACACCGAUGCAUUAAUAAUUGAUUCAAUUUAGUCGUAGAUUGACACUCUACGAAGAUUGUGUUUAAUAUUAUGCAAAAACGUGGAUGGAUUUCCUUUGGAAAAUUGUCACUUGCAUUCUCUCUAAUUGCCUCGGGAAAAUUUUUCCAAGCGAAGAUUAAUUUAGGGCUGUUUACGAGAUCAAAUAAAAUCAGUAUUUAUCAGUAUUUCUCACAGGGGUUGAUGGGCUUUUUCUUAAUUACACGAUCAUGAGUGGACGCGUUCAGAUUCGAAGAUGGAAAAUCGCGAACGCGUUGGAGGGCGAGUCUUUCGUUCUCGAUUGAUUCGUUACACGUCUUGAGGGACCUCGUUGGCUUUAAGAAGAGGAACGGUUUAAGGGUGGAGACGUUGGUCGAUGCCUCCCCUCUUCAACACCCUCGUCGAUUUUCCUCCCUCGCUUCGUUACCUUCAUCUCGUUUCCGUGCUCUUCCGUCGCUAAUGCAUCGGUGUUCGGCUUCGAUAAAUCUCCAACGACGAACACCAUACUGCAGCCGGAGCUUCGUCCCUCUUUUCGUUAUCCGCCGCGGUUGCUUCCUUCGUAUUAUCAUUCACGAUAAAAUUACGAUGUGACAUCGAGGAAAAAACUUUUACUCCAAAAGAGAUCCGUCUACGAUCAUCUCGAGGAUUGGAACGUGUUUCACGUUCGAGGAUGAACGAGAAAAACGCAGGACAGACUGUAGGACGACGUCGUUAGGAUAAAGGUACUUUUCACUUGACGUUCUUGGUCCUUUCGCAAACACUCGUCGCCAUGGUACUUUCGCGAAACGUCACGAAAUCACGCCGCUACCGUGAUUUAAUAAAAUGGCACACGACUAUUGUUUAAGCGGUUAUUUUGUAAUUUCGUUGAAAGCUUGUUUAAUUAUGGUACGUCGAAAUACGCGCACCGUUCAAUGUAUAGCAAGGAAUAAAACUGAAUAUACACCUGGGAUUUUAACGUAAAUAAUAUUUCAUAAUGUACGUAGCAAAACAGUUAAUAAUGUUAUCAACAGUAUCCGUGUACAAAAUUUCUAUCAAACGAGACAAUAAUGGUAAUGAUAAAGCAUUGUACACAUUGUUACGUAUUUUGUUAUAUUCAAUACUCGAACAAAGAAUAAAAUGUUUAUGUUAAAAUUCCAUAUGUUCGUUCAGUUUUGAAUAACUUUGCAAACUGUUCUCGUUCAAUUUCGAUCAUCGAUUCGCGUGAAAUAUUCAACGAGAACAUUGUCACGACAUUUCAUGGCGGGUGGUAAUUGUAUGCUUCGAAGCAAAACGAGAAAAUCGAUCGAAGGUACUCAGCGAGAUCACUUCUUUGUUAUCUGUUCGCCUUUGUACCAGUUUCUUUGACAAAUAUAUCGAGUACACGAAACA